AUGGUGGAGCUUAUCAUCGACACCAACGCCGACAUUGACGUGCUUCUCCGCGAGCUGCAGCGACUGAAGAGGACGCAGACGACGGCUGCCGUACGGCCGGCUGCUGCUCUCUCAUGGGCCGACAUUUAUGCGGACCCUACGCUAGUGGAGUUGUUUCAAGAGCGCCUAUCAAGUGUGAUGAGUGCUGCAAAGAACCAACGUGUCAUUCACUUCCCGCGUGAACGUUUGUUGAUUGACAACAACGGUGAUGCGGAGGUGGAGCUGCUGGCGCCGCAUCUCCGCAUCCUGCCGGAGAGCGCGAUCCACAGCAGGUCCAAGCAGGAGGAGCGUAGGGCGGACUUCAAGGAGGCGAAGCUAAAGGCAUUGAAGGCGCAUAAGGAGAAAAUGCUACAACUCGCUUUGCAGCGCAUUGAGCUGUUGGGCAGUGCGGGCGGAAGUUCCUGCGCGUCAACUGGCGCUGCGGCGGAGGGAGCGGAAACAGGCGUCGAUAUGCCGCCAGCUACUCCGCUUGACGUUGACGGCGAGAAGGCCAGCACGGAGGCAGCGGACGAGGAGAGUGAGGGUAGUGCUCCGCCGCCACCACCACCACCACCCGCCGAUAGCGAUGAUGAUGAUAGUGCGUCGGAGGGAGCCGACAUGGAGGGGGAUGAUGAUGACGACCCUCCGCCGCCGCCGCCACUGGAAGACGAUGAUGAUGAUAAUGCGUCGGAGAGAACCGAUACGGAUGGGGAUAAUGAUGAUGACCCACCACCACCACCGCCGCCGCCGCCACCGCCGGAGUAG